CUGUCAGCUUUAGAUAUUUUCUACGAUAUGCGUUUACUUUAUGUGAUAUCUUGUAAACGAAUUUCUUCCCGUCACAUGUAUCAUGCUUCUGGUUAUUUAGCGUAUGCGAGAAAACGUCAGUUCGCGAUUGAUAGCUGGAGUGAUAAGACAGGUUGUACUGUCAUAAUAACAAGUAGGAGUUUAUGUAUUGAUUAGCGGAACUUGUGGUUGUUUAAUAGUAUCGUUUAUAUCGUCAGCAAAUAGAUUUAGACUGUGUGGGUUAUAACAGUUUAACCGUUUGCUGUUGAACUCAUUAAAUCAUAAUUACAAAGGCGUUUACAUGUUUUUGCAUAUAGAACCAUUAACCAGGAUUAAAGAAUAUUUAUGACAAGUUAGACAAUUUUGACAACUUCUGAACAACCACAAUCUGGAUUAUCUGAUUAUCAAGUAUCAAACAGAAGCCAGUAAGGGUCCAGUCGCAUCGCGACCAAUGAAUAUCAAAACAUGGAGUCUAUUGGUGCUGCAAACGGGAGCAUAACGGGGAGAGUUGUGACAAAGCAUUUGAAAACCGGCGGAAGUGCCGCAUACAUAGGGAAACAUUUACAUUAUGUACCUAAAAUGGGCAUAUGCAACAAUAGAGAGUCGAAUAGCCAUAGUGCAGCGAGCAAUGGAAUCAAAAGAAAAGCGGAGGUGACAAAGUUCGACGAUGUCUUCAUUCCAUCGAAACGAGUCUCACCAUUUUUAAACACUCCAAAGGAACGAAAAGAAGUACGAAAGAAAGUUUUGAUAAUCUCAAUAAAAAAGUUGAAAGAGUUGGUUGAUCCGGAAGCUUUUCUUAGAAAAACUGUUCUUAUUAAUAAUACAAGGAAACGUUUACAAACAGAGUUCCGAGAAGAAAUUCUUCAAAGUAAGAGUUAUGAAUCAAACAGAAGAAGUUAUCGCAGCGGAUACGGUGAACUUAACCAUAGAUGCGUGUCAGACAGUCAUAUGCUUGGUGAUCCUCUCCUAAGAGGUGUGCAUGAGAAAAUCACAGAUGAUAUGACAGAUACGCUUAUCGAUAACGUGUUUCAUGAUAUUGCAAAUAACAAUAUUCCCAAUACUGAUAUUGGAGAACAGUUAAACAUAGUGUCAAAAGAAAAGGAAACGACCAUUGCAAAGGCUGACUUAGGUCUGUCAACUUCUUUAAACGGCUCAGAAAGCAAGUCGGAUCAAAGUUGUAGCGAUAGGAAUAUCACCGCUGUAGCAUCAAGAAAAGAGUGUAGCAUUCUAGUUUCAUUUAGUAACAGAACUGACUUGCAGGAAAUGCAUGUUGACAGUUGUGAUGAGAAAGUGACAUCACGUAUGUGUAAUGUGAACAAUAAUACAGAAAAUGCCAAGAAUGUUUGCAAUGAUCAUUAUCAAGCCAUGAAGAUGGGUAUAGUUUCAAGGAAAGCUAUAAAACUAUGUUAUAAUGAUGUUACACAAUCACAACUGUACAGUGAUCAAGACAUAAAAUUUGAUACAUUACACCCACAAAAUCUUGAACAACUAGAAAAAUCAAGGUUGUGCGAGUAAACCAUUCAUCCGCUGUAGCAGGUGCAGUCAUUUCUUGCAUAAUUUAAAGGAGAAAAAAAUAUAGAAUUGAAGCUAGAUGCUUUCAAUGUUUUGACCAGGUUUCAUUUAAAUAAGUGCAUUCCUUCAAAACACUCUUGGCAUUUGACAACUGAUCUCAGUACCAAGCAAACCGAUCUCAAUGUCUGAUAAAAGUGUGAUGACGUUUGAGGGAGGGGAGCAAGAUAUUAUACGUAGCCACAAGAAAGUGGAAACUUAUAAACUGAGGGUGGGACAAAAAGUGUAAACCAAUUUGUGUUGAAAUUAUUUUUAUUUCGAAUUUGUCAGCGCAUGCUCAUACUGAUUUACUAUGUUUAUUGACAUAUUAGGGAAAGAAAACCGUGUCUUUAAUACUUUUGGGAGCCAGUUUUUGGUUUACUGUUUUCUUUUAAUCAUGUAAUGUAUGGUAUUUUAAGGGCCUUGAUAAAUCGUACUUUAUUAAUAAAAACAAUAUGAAUACAAAAAAUACUUCAUUACUUUAGACAUUGCAAAUGGUAUUGUCUAAUUUAGUUCUAUAUUUCAAAUAUAAUUCAUGUCUGCAUCUAUUAAAUGAUAAAGGAUAUUAAGUGAAUGAAAAGUCAGUUAUGUUUAACAGUCUAAAUAACAUAUGUUCAAAUUGCAGAAAACCUAUUGCCAAAUAAAAUCUGU